ACACAUGAUGGGUUACCGUCCCCAACAAUGACAUGCACAUUAUUGGACAAAAUUACCAGUGAAUAUUAAUGGGAGAAAUGAUAGGCCAUUUUAAAAUUCAUCUCAUCGGAUGCAAAGUGCACACUGAUGUUGAAUAUUGCUUAAUUCCAAAGUAAACAAAUAUAUGAUUUCAUCUUCUCCUUUUGAUUUGUGCUUUCACCCUCAUUAUAAACUUCUUAAUUUCCCAUUUCAACAAUAUCCUAAACAUUCACUCCCUGACCCAAGCUCAACCCCCUUCUCUUUUUUCCCCCUCAAAGUUACUGCCUUGUGCUGAGUGUGCACAGGAAAGACUAGAUCACUGUUAGUUAAUGAAACUGAGCAAGUAACCAGGAUUGAAUCUAUUCGCACCUGACCUCCACAUGCUGUAUUUCAACCUUUGCACAGGUUUAGAGCCAGAGAUCUAGUUGGUUUACCAUAUCACCACCUUCUAAAAUCAGUAAGGUUUUGCUGGUUUAACAACCUUACUACUAAACUUGCUGAUAUUUCACAGAGCCGACCGCAACGUAUUUGGGACAUUGAUAACUAUACCAAGAUUACAUUUUAACUCCUUACUCAGUCUUUCUGAACAACAUUCCACUCAAUCCCAUAGCCUUUCUCGCUCAUUAAUUAGGUUAAAAUGUUCUUUCCCUCCCCCACCAUCAAUCACUCAUCUUAAUCCUGUAAAUUCCCCAGCAUACAGGACACAAUUGCAUAUUGACAUUUUCAACUGAGCAGUUAAAGCUAUAACAUUUCGUUCUGAAAAGUAAUGUAUUAAAAGGUUGACUCUGGUUUUCACAAUCAACAUGUCCGACUUUGCUUGCUGAGCACAUGCAGCAUAUUGAGGCUUCCUUGGUCAGGCAACAGAAUCAGGCUUCCAUUCAUGGUUGGUUUUCUCAACAGCAUAAUGAUGUUUUCAGGUUCCACACAAAUAACUCUUCAGCUUUUGGUUCAACAUAUAUCUUUGUACUUUAAAAACAUCGCAUCAUAUUUCUCAGAAUGGCACAACAAUUCAAAGCUGCUAACGUGUAGUUUGCUUAGCUAACUUACACAAUGUAUAAUCAGAUUUGGAGCACUUGCUGAAAGGAUAUACUUUUGAAGUCCAUUUUAAGAACACAGAAGAAAAUGAACCACCAGUUGGUCCCAAACAAUAUAAUUGUAGAAUUAUUUGGGUGUAUACUCCACAAACAGUUUGAGAAACUCUUCUCCUGGCAAUGGUUGUAUGCUGUUGUUUUGCAUUGCUUCUCAACACAAAGGAUUCCAAGCAACAGUAACUAGGCUGCCGAUUUCCACGUCACUUCUAUCAGCCCACUAACAUAAGGAUUACUACAUGGCAAAUACAAUGGCUCACAGUAGAACAAAGAUACUUUAUUUCGGUUUUAUCCUCAAAAUAUCAAGGACUUCAUCAAAUAUUUCUUCUGCAGAUCAAAUUUAACGUGUUUGCCAACAUUUUUUGUUAUUUUUGUGUCGGGACAAAGUUAUUAACCUGGUUACCAUGGCACUGUGAAAUAACUAAGGACUCCUUCAAGAACUCAUCUAAUGCAAGCUGCAGACUGCUGUGAGCGCGAGCCUCUGAGGAUACAAUUUUGCUUAAUAACGUCUGGCUUUCAGCCACGGACCACACCGUGAACAAAAUGCGUUGAGUUUCAUUACUUCAAGAUUUGACAAUUGCCAGAAAGAUAAACUCUUCUGGUGUUAUUCAACCCUUUAAGAUUCAUGUCGACCUGCAACAAUGCCCAUACACAGCACAGGUAUUUUUACAAAUCCAUAUGCAAUUGAAGUUCUCCAGAGCAAGAAAAAGGAAUUAGUAGCGGGGAUUAUCAACACUGACGACCUUCUAGAUUGGUUGAUUAAGAAUCGUGUCUUUUCACAGGAUAAAAGAAUUGCUGUGUUGAAUUACAGGACACGGGAGGAAAUGAACACCAGAGUACUGGACAUGUUGGUUUCUUGUGGUGAGAGAGCCUGCAGACUUUUCUUCUAUCCUUGCCUCAAGCAGGUUGAACCAGCUCUCUACAACUACAUCAGAAGCUAUGUCAGUAAUGUUUCAACCAGCUUUGGGGAUGCCAAGAGACAACUUGUUGGAUAUCUUCUGGAGAGAGAUAAGGAUGAAAUCCCUAAGAGUACGGCAAAAAAAGUUGAUCAGCCUGUGCAAAGUGUCGCAUUUAAAAAGGAGUCAAAUCAAAAGCUCCGGCCAGCUGCUCGAACUGAACAAGUACACAAUGAGCUGGCUCAGCUAUAUCAGAUUGUAGCAUCGGGAGAUCUGCCUGGUCUUGAUAAAGCCAUUGGACAUAGUGAUAUUAAUGGUAUAAAUACUUCUAAUGAAACUCUGUUGCACAUUGCAUCUUCCCAUGGACAUGUUAGGAUCAUUGAAUAUUUAUUGAAUAAAGGAGCAAAGCUAGAGGUAAGGGAUAACAAAGGACAAUCUCCUCUUCACCGGGCUGCGGAGAAAGGGCACACAGCAGCAGUUCAAGCCCUUCUCCAAGCCGGAGCACACAUCUAUGCAUUGGAUACAGAAUCCAGAACUCCACUGCACUUAGCUUCUCAGAACAAUUGCUUCUCCAUAGUGAAGCUAUUGUUGAAAGAAGAAGCUAAAAUCGAUAAGAGGAAUAAAUCUUUUUUGCAUCUAGCUGCUCUCAAAGAUGAAAGUAAAAUAGCAGAAAUUCUUCUCAAAUAUGGAGCUGCUGUAGACACAAAGGAUAUGAAGAACAGGACCCCACUAAUUCAUGCAAUCUCCAUGGGACAUCUCAGAACUGUGAAGGUACUGCUGGAGGCAGGAGCUAAGGUUGGUCUUGAUAUGUUUGACGCAGCAUUAAAUGGGAAUAAUCAAUCUCUGAUUUCACUGAUCUUGCAGCAUGCCAGUGGGAUUAGCCCUACUAUCCUCGUCAAUGCACUCUUUAAAGCAGUUCAGAAAAAUCACCACAGAACUGUGGAUAUAUUAAUUGAGCAGGGCAUCGAUACCAACACCAGAAAUGAAAUGCAAUACACCCCUUUGCUGUUGGCAGCAGAACUUGGGCAUGCAGAAACUGUCAAGGUCCUGAUAACUAAAGGAGCCCAUUUAGAUGAAAGGACACCAAAUAUGAACAGCGCACUACACCUUGCAGCUCAGACUGGAUCUCUGUCUGUUGCAAAGCUGCUAAUUGACAAGGGAAUGGAUGUAAAUAUUAUUGGAUGUGGUGGUCAAACACCUCUGCACAUUGCAUCAUUUCAUAAUCAGCCAUCAAUUAUAGAAGCUUUGAUAAGAGCAGGUUCAAAGGUCAAUGCCAUCACUAAAGAAGCAAUUACACCCUUGCACAUUGCCUCGCAAAGAGGUAACCGAGAAACAGUAGAAUGUCUCCUUCAGAAUAAAGCAGAUGUGAAUGCUAAAGACAGAUUGAUGAGAACGCCCUUGCACAUGGCUGCUGUGAUUGGAGAUGCCUUCGUUGCAGAGCUACUACUGUCAAGCCAAGCUGAUCCUAAUGCAGUAAAUAAAGAGAAAAAGACCCCACUCCAUUUGGCUGCCAAUGAAGGUCAUUUGGACUUUGUAUCAACCAUGUUAAGCAGAAGAGCCAAAUGUGCUGCAAAGGAUAUGGAUGGGAAUACUCCAAUGCACUAUGCAGCCAGCAAAAGUCAUAGCAUUGUUGUCAAAGCACUGUUAUUGGCUGGGAAAAGUAAAAACAUUGAUGAUAAGAAUAUUUGGCGCAAAACACCUUUACAUCUUGCAUCGGAGCACAGUGAUGAGGGUCUGGUAGAAUUGUUGUUGAUCAAUGGAGCUUCAAUUAAUGUCUUAGACAAUGUGAAAGAUACACCAUUGCAUUGUGCCUGCAAAUCAGGCAACAUCAAUACUGCCCGGAAAUUAAUCAACUGGUCUGAUGGUGAAAAACCAAAGUUUCACUCUACAAAUAGUUUAAAAAAGACCCCUCUUCAAGUUUCAGAAAGUGGAGACACAGAUAACCACCAACAAAUAGCAAUAUUACUGAGAAAGAAAAUGAUGUUAACUAGAUAAGAACAACUUCAAUUUCACUGAUGGCUUAAUUGAUCAAGGCAGUGCUUGAUCUGGCCUGCGAUGUACACACCCAUUUGUGUACAUGGUGUCCGAGUUCGCCAGUGUCAGAGGUCCAGCCAGCACGGCCUGAGAACUUUGGACAUUGCAGUCUUCAGGGAGGAAGCGGCCGCUUCAGUCCAGGCCACUGAAGAACGUUCACCCGACGCCGAUGAUCCAGCUUCGCGGCAGAGGGCCUGAGAACAUCGAGUUGGCUGAGGAGGCCACAUAUAGACCCCGACCUCGGGUGGACUAUGAGGGGGAGAACUGGAUAUUUUUAGUGCCUUCCCUCACAGUGAAUUCUGCUGUGGGGGGACGUUUCAUGUUGAUUUCUAUAGUGUACUGUUCUGUGUCUUUUUAUUUUUUCUCUUUUUUUAUUUUUAUGGAUUUAUUGACAUUUGAUCUGUUCAAUUAAUUUAAUCAAUCUCUGUAAAGCACUUUGGUUCAAAUACUGGUUUUGUUGAAAAGUGCUAUAUAAAUAAAGAUUAUUAUUAUUAUUAUUAUUAUUUGGUUCGAGUUCCCUCUCUGUUUAAUGCUGAGAUAACCAACCUCAGCUGAAUUGCGUUGAGAAGUUACGCUACCCUGAGCCUGAUGGGAGAAAGGGAGGAGAAUAUACAGGAGAAAUAUUCAAUUACUCCUGUUUCUGAUUACCUUGUUGAGCAACUGAGCAUGGGUCGAGAACAAGAUUUCUGAUUACUUUGUUGAGGUAAUUGAGCAUUGGUUGAGAACAAGAUUCGGCUUAGAUGUGAUGCUGAAGAUGUCCACAAUUUUAUAUCAAUAUUCAUCACUUGGAUAAAUUACAAUGGGCACUCCAUUUAUUUGGCAGUCACAAUAGCAUUUUCAGACAAAGACGGGGAGAAAAUGGGCAAAAAAGGCAGUUUUUCCUCAAGCUGCACUGUUCAUUGUGGCUAACUUGGUGGUUCAAUAGAUUGUUAUGUGUUUUAUUUACAAAUAAAUAUACUUCAGAAGAACUGUUGUCCAUAAAGGUUACAUCGAUUUGGUUGAUAUAUGCUAAUGUGGCCCAUUUAGUUCAUAUCAUUAUGUUGAUCAAUUCUGCUAUGUAGAGACUAAUUACAAGUUAAUUUUGGUUCUGCAAUAAAUGUUCUUGUGAUUUUGUUCACAUUAUUGUGGGAUUACUAUAUAUGAAUUGCAGUUUUUAUUUUUACUCUGGCAUGAAGGAUGUUAUUAAUCUUAUUAAUGUUUGUGUUUUACAUAAACAUGUCUACUGUCUACAGUUGGAGUUUCCUUUUUGAGUAAAAGCCAAUAUAAUUUAAUGGAACAACUACAAAUAUUUAAAUACAUACAAAUGAUAUGAUAAACAAUAUUAAUUGAUGUGUAAUAUUUAAAAUAUUAUUGACUGACAUUUACGGUUUCUGAGUGGAUAUAUAUAUAUAUAUAUCUUUAUUUCCUUUUAGUAAACCUUAAUUUUAUACCGUUGUUCUUAAGGACAUAAAAUGUACUAAUUUCAUCUCAGAUUUACCAAAAAGCCAUAUACUGUAAAUAAUUAUGUCUACUCUGCAAAGUUGUCAAGUAGUGUUAGGAUUUGCUCCCUCAACCACUAACCCUUCUCCCUUUGAAUGUAAUACUCAGCUUAUCCUCAGAGCACCUUUGUGCCACAGAAACAAUCAAAACAACUAUUAAAGGACAAGAAUAAAAUACAGAAUAUGGAAAACCUUUCUAGCAAAUCAUGUCGUUUUUCACAGAACAACAAAUACAAUAUAUUUAAAUCCCAAAGUGAAAUAUUAAUUCCAAGGAUCCUGUAAAAGAUUACUGAGUUCCUGAAGGAUUUCAAAUGAAAUGUUUGGUUAUCGAAAGCUGAAAAAGCUAGGGGCUGGUCAUUGACAACUCAGGUACUUUAAAAAAAAUUAUCUCAGAAGAUGCUGUGUCUCUGGAAUUCAUUAUCCCCAAGGGUGGUUGGUGAAGGGCAGAUCAUUAGAUCUAUUUAAAAUAGACGUAGAUAAAUAUUUGAAAACAUUGAGUAAUGGUAGGUUAUGGUGAACUGGCACAGAAGAGAGGUUGAGGCCACAUAGAUCAUCGCUGAUCAUAUUGAAUGGCAGGGCAUACUUGUCUAUUCCUACUCCUGCUCCCAUUUCCUUGUGUUCUUGUGUUACUGCAACACAGACUGCAGUUUCAUUCUUCAAAUGAUAUUUGCGGAGUUUCUGUACAGCAGUGACUUUCAAAUAAAUGUCUCUUGUAAUCCUGGUCCGUCCUUUUCAAUAACAUCAUGGUGUUUAUGUUUCAGAAGAAGUAAAACAUUUAAAAAUUGGCAAUUUUUUCUAGUUUCAUUUGUGUUCUUGGUCCUUGUUCAUAACGUGCCCAAUUAGUCACUGAUUAUGUAUGAUAAUGCAUUGAAUUAUACAUUACGCAAGUAGGACGAAAAUUGAUGUUUUGGCUAUGAAGCUAUAAUUCAAAUAAUACAACAUUUAUGUUAAUUUUGCAGCGUCUCUUUUUGGUUUCUAAUGAAACUUCAUUAGCAAUUGGAUAGUGUGGUGUGGAAUAUCAUGUUUUCAUUGAGAUAUAAUAAUUAGUCAGAAAGUCAAAUGUUUAUGAAAACCUAUAUUUCUAUUAAACCUUUCCCCUCUCACCUUAAAUCUGUGGCCUCUAGUUCUUGAUUCCCCUACCCAGGGAAAAAUACAUUAUGCAUUCACUCUAUCUGUUCCAUUCGUGAUUUUAUACAGUUUUGUGACCACAACUGUGCUGCAAGGAAUAAAAUCCUAGCUUACCCAACCUUUCCUAUAGCCCAGGCCUUCAGAUCCUGACAACAUCCUUGUAAAUAAUCUUUGCACCCAUCUUAAUAGCAUCCUGCUAUUGACAAAAACUGAACACAAUACUUCAAGUGCAGCCUCACCAACAUCUCAUACAACUGUAACAUAAUGUCCGAACCUCUAUACUCUAUUUUGUAACCAACGAAGGCCAGAAUGCCAAAAGCUUUCUUCACCAUCCUAUCUACCUUUAACACCAUUAUCAGGGACUCCUAUAUAUCUCUACUCCAUAACACUUCCCAGGGUCCUACUGUUCAAUGUGAAGGUCCGGCCCUGGUCUGACUUCCUAAAAUAUCACGCACGUAUCUGAAUUAAACUCCAUUAGUCAUUCCUCGGCUCACAUCCCCAACUGAUUGAGAUGCCACUGUAAAUCUUGAUAACCAUCUUCGCUGAUUAUGAUACCAUCUAUUUUAGUGUUAUUUAUAAAUUAACUAAUAAUGCCUUGAAGAUUCUCAUCCAAACCAUUGAUAUACAUGACAAACAGCGAAGGGCCCAGCACCGAUCCCUGAGGCACACCACUAGUCACCGGUGCCUAGUCUGAAAAACAGCCAUCCAUCAUCACCAUGUGCGUGUAGAGAUUGGAGAAGCUAAGAGGAGUAGAAAAGUCAAGACACUUGAUGAUCAGAGAGGGUAGAAAGCCAGUAGGCGGAAUCUAUGAGGAGGAGGAAUGUUGUCGAUGGGAGAAAGGGUCACCUCUAGGCGGUGAAGACUCCUUCUGAUAGAAAAAUGGCCCAGAAGUGAGCCCGGAACUAGUUGAGGUUGGGGUGGAGUGGUACAAAGUUAGGGCCUCUGUUGUGGACAGACCAUUCUGUAUCAGAAAUAUGAAGGUCAGGGGAGAUGGCAAAAACAGGACAGGGGUGAGGACUGGGUCAGAGGGGUGGAAGAAGACUUGGUGGAGUGCAUGCCUCAAUCAGUAUCAAUGGUAUCAAAGUAGAAAUGGUUGAGAGCUUCAAGUUCCUUGGUGUUAAUAUUACCAAUAAUCUGUCGUGGACAAACCACACUGAUGUGACAGCCAAGAAGGCACACCAACGCCUCUCUUUACGGAAGAGACUGAAGAAAUAUGGCAUGACUCAAAUGAUUUACAAACUAUUGCAGCAUAGAACGCAUACUGUGGUGUUGCAUUACAGCUCUGAAAAAGGUGAAAUCUGAAGUUAUUUGGAUCGGUCUUCAUGGACAAAAACAAUCUUCUUAGAUAAAGUGAAGAACUACACGUUAAGAAUAAAUGAGUUCUAAGAAAUUAGAAUGAGUGAAAUUUGUAAAAAUAUUGCAGAAAUUAAUGGAACUGAAAGACAAUAAAUCCCCAGGAUCACCUGCAUCCUAUUGUUUCAAAACAGGUCAAUGAAAAUAAUGCUAGUUGUUAUCUUCUAAGAUUCCUUGGAAAUGAGU